CUCGUGGCCGGCCGUUUAACUGCCUGCUUGCUAUAUAGCGCGAGGCCGGAUGGACGCCUGAGGCAGCUGCCCGGCAAGGUCGAGCGUCUUCAGGAUCGGAGCUGAGGUGCGAUGGCGAAGGGCGGCGGCACCGUCACCGGCGGAGAGCACCGCGUGCGAAUGCCGGCGAAGGGCGGCGACGGCCAAGCUGGCGAGGGUGCGAAGCCGGAGAAGCAGCUGAACGGCUUCGUUCGCGCGGUCGCGCUGAUCGAGCGGCUGGGCAACGCCUUCGGCACGCUCGCCUUCACCUGGGCAACCGUCGUCCUGCUAGGCGGUUAUCCCACGGUGCUACGGCCAGACGGCGACUUUUGGUUAGCCACCGCCAUAGUUUUCCUAGAAGCAGCAAGGAUGUUCAGCCGCAACAACAGACUGGAUUACCAACUGUUCUUCCAUACCAAAGGCGCGGUUAGACCUCUUGGCUGGAAUGGGCUGGUCGUCGUCGUGUACCUUUCCAAUGUUUACAACUACAUAUUGUUCGGCCUGCUACAGUUACCUUUGACUUACAGUCUUCUCGCGGUUUUUAUUGGUCCAUCUUUAGUUGGCCUGUUUCAGUCUUCAGGAGCUCUAAAAUUGCUCUCCAAACCGCUACGCCGCGCCAUCUCUCUUUGUGCCCCCUUAGUUGCAGUCAUAUUGCUGGUUCCCUUAAUACUCAAGUUCAUUACUUACACCAGAAAUGCAAUGACAAAGUGGAUUGUGCUUACACUGUUGUUAUUUCUAGUAGUGCUGCUGCUUACCAUCAGCAGGCUACGUUUCCCAAGAAUCAUCAAACUGGCAGAACAUGCUCUGGGCAGCAAGCACGUAUUCUGGCGUCGAGUACUUCUGAACAUGUGCAUGUUUGUUGAGCUGGUGAUGUUGGUGUUCAUGCCCUGGCACCCAAGAGUUCAGCUAGUGGAGUUUCUGUACGAAGUAUAUGCCUUAGUGCUCGUGUCAAUCGGCAACUUUCAGAUUCCAGCAGCAGUUGUGCGGAUAGUGCUCUCACUGGUGCGCAUUAUACCACAUGACUACUAUGGAGAUGAUUCAGACGAUCCUGACAAGACAAACCUUGGACCAUCACUAAGUAUCUUCUACUGGAUGGUGUUUCUGCAGGGAAUGCUCUACUUUGUAGCAUGCUUGCUCGAGAUCUUCUCCUUCAUCCCACGGAGAGCCCUUGCCCGUCAUGGUGGAUUUAGAGGUCAAUGUGGACAGGAAUGUAUAAGUUUAUACUACGCAUACGCCUUGGAGAAAUGCAUGGAAAAAGAUGUGCUAGCUCCGAAAAAGAUCAGCCUCACCAGCUUUGCCAUGGACUCCAUAAACUCGGACUCACCCAAGAGGCAGCUCCAUGGGAUUGGGGUGAUGCAAAAUCUUCUACGGAUGGAACCGACGAGGACACUGCUAGUUUUGAAACUCAAAGCAUCCAUGAAUACGGUGGCCAGAUUAAUCGAAAUGUUGGACUGGACAAGCCCUGCGGAUAGAGCUGUCAGAUUGUCUGCAGCGAGAGUCGUUGCUGAGCUUGCAAAGAGCCUCCGAAUAAUCAGAGUCCCUGGAACUAUACAGUUUGUAUCUUCACUUCUGGAUGUUGAUGGAGAAUCUGAAAGAGAAAACACACUUCUGGACACCGAUGAUGAGCAGGACAAAACGCAAGAUAUAGCUAAGGAUCUAAUGUAUAUCCAUGAGCAAAAUCAUGGGUUGGCUAUGGAAGAUGGUAACCCAGGGCAAAGGCAAAACCCACUUUGGGACGCAAGUAGCUUAAUGGAGACAGAAUCCUAUUCGACCCAGCAAGUUGGCACGAAAGAGCAGAACUCUUGCUUCCUCCGAUGCUGGCAACGGAUUACAAGUCUCUGGUCAACUCCCCAGGAACAGCCAGAUAUCAACCAUGAUCACCUCCCUUCUCUGGGAAUGUCAAUUCUUGACAGCCUUUGUUGUGAUCAGGACAACUGUUUGGAGAUGAUCAGAGUGGCAGGCCUCAUCCCGAAGAUCGUUGGGUUCACAUCCUACAAAAGUUACUCAAAGAACACCAAUGACGUGCAGCAGAAGAUACUGAUGCGAUCAUCUCUUAAAUUGUUGAAAAGGCUCUCAAAAACUGGUGGGGAGAUUGGCAUAACACUACGCCACAAGAUCUCUGAACAUCCUUUACUGCUGAGAAAUCUCGCGGAUAUCUUGGAUGACAGAUUCAACGGCCAAGGAGUCAGGAAGGUGGUGAUAGGAAUCCUCAGGAACCUUGCCCUUGAUGCAAACACAAGCAAGGAGAUCGGGCGCAUCCAAGUGAUCAUUGGCAGAUUGAUGGAUGCAUUUCUCAAACCAUCUGCAACCUCAUGUAAGAAUCCAAAUCAGUUGCUACAAAAGGUUGCCGGGCAAGCACUAGCAAUGCUGGCAAUGGAGAGUGCCGAUAACUGUGCAGCCAUGCUGAUGGAAGAAGGCAAUGCCAUUGGAGAACUGGCAAGUAUGAUCUGUGGAAAUAAUAAUAGAUAUGUGGCAGCUAGACUGUUGCAGAAUGUGUUCCAGCACAUGCAACCAGAGCUCAGCAGCUCGGACCUGAGGAAACUGUGUGAAACUUUGCCUAAGGUUCUUGAUGCCAUACUGGAUGCAGAAACAGAAGGUGCUGCACUUGAGGUCCUCAUUGGCCUUAGUGCACAAAUUUGUGAAGUCAUUCCUGAAGAAUUUGCCGGAGAACUAGAGAAUGGUCACCGUAAGGAAAUGUUCGUGAAGAGGCUUGUCGAUGCGCUGAGAGCAAACAUGAACCCAUCUGUCCAUUGCCCUGGAAUCAGGAGGGUUGUAAUUGAGCAAGCCAUACAGCUGAUGACCUGUAGUUCUCGCUAUGCUGAUGUUUUCAACCAACACUGCAUGCUGGAAGCGCUGUUGAUGGUAGAGCGCACACCCUCAAGGGUUGAAAGGUACAGGAUCUUCUUGGGAAAUACAGGAAUCAUGGAGCACAAGGAACCUCUCGCCGAUCUUGUGGCUGCAGCAAAACAACUGUUGUGCCGCCAUUGGGUCAGAGGCCUUAGCAAUGUCAAUCGACAAGGGAUGUAAGUUGUUUUGCUGGCUUUUGUGACAAGGGAUUUUACAGACAAUGUCAAUCAGCUGAACAUGAUCUUUUCUGACUUGUAAAGUGGUAAUAAUUAAUAAGCACACCCAAUGCCAUUACUUUCAGAAGCAAACUGUAAAUCAUUAGCAUACUAUUCUUCAUCUGCCUUGUAAUAAGCCUUUUAUUUGCUGGUGACCAAACAAUGUGGUUCUUGUGUUCAAACUUGAAACUGUUCUGUAUCUA